AUGAGGGGAGAGAAGAACAGCAGAACCAGCAGCAGAAACAGCAGCAGCAGCAGCAGCAGCAGCAGCAGCAGCAACAAACCUCAGACUUAUAUUUUGUCUAUGAGCUGCAAGCCGCAUAUAGCCGUUCAAUCGGCACUCGUGCUGCUGCUGCUGCUGCUGCUGCUGCUGCUCUCAUCUGCUCUUCCAUCGGUUUCUGCUGCAGCAACAGCAGCAACAGCAGCAGCAGCAGAAACUGCAGCAGAAACAGCAAUAACACCAGCAGCAAACCCGGGGGGCCCCCAAACUGCAGCAGAAACAGCAAUAACACCAGCAGCAAACCCGGGGGGCCCCCAAACUGCAGCAGAAACAGCAAUAACACCAGCAGCAAACCCGGGGGGCCCCCUUGCUGCUCCUCCUUCCAAAGGUCUGUGGGAUGAGCCGCUACCUGCGUACACGGGGGCCCCCCUGAAGGGGGCCCCCCUGGGGGCCCCCCUGGGGGCCCCCCCGGCGGAACCCCUGGGGGCCCCCUUGGGGGGCCCCGUGGGGGCCCCCGUCCCUUCGGGGUCGGCAUUGAUAGGGGGGGCCCCCCAGGAGGGGGGGCCCCCUAGGGGGGCCCCCGUGCGGCUGGGGGCCCCUGUUAUAUCGUUUUAUCGAGGUGUAUCGGGUCGUUUAUUUGUUGGUGGUUUACUGGCUCUUUCUGCUGUUGUAUUUAUUAUUUUUGUUUGUGCUGCUAGCAUACAGAAAGCUGCGGUGUAUAGACAGGUAUUAAGGGCCCUUGCUGCAUCAGGGGGGCCCCCAGGGGGCCCCAGGGGCCCCUCGUAUGCUUGUGUGGUAGCUGGAGAGAGAUCUAAAGGAGCGAGGCCCCCUGCUGCUGCUGCUGCUGCUGCUGAUGCUGAUGCUCCAGCUGCAGCAGCAGCUCAAGGAGCAGCAGCAGCACCUCCUCCUCCUCCUCCUGCAGCAGCAGCAGCAGCAGCAGCAGCAGGCGCAUCAUCACCAUCAGAAGGAGAACCAGCAGCAGCAGAAACAGCAGCAACAGAGCAAGCAGAAGCAGCACUUGCAGUAGUACAACCAGCAGCAGCAGCAGCAGCAGCAGCAGCAGCACCACCACCACCACCACCGCCAGCAGCAGCAGCAGCAACAACAGCAGAGCUCGCAUUAGCCUUCGAUAGGGCUGCUGCUUUUCUCUCAGAGUUGAGGGCGGUGUGGGGUGUAUGUGUAGAUGCAGCAAAGAAGAUAGAAGCAGCAGAUGUUCGUGCUGCUGCUGUGCUGCUGCUGCUGUCUGCUGCAGCAGGAGAACUAACAGCACUUAGAGCAGCAGCAGCAGCAGCAGAAGCAGCAGCACCAGAAGAAGCAGCAAAUAUAUCUCUCGGGAUACAACAGACAGCAAGGCUCCUUGUACGUGAGGGGCGCUUCUGGUUGGGGCGGUUGAGCAGCAGCAGCAGCAGCAGCAGCAGCAGCAGCGGCAGCAGCAGCAGCAGCAGCAGCAGCAGCAGCAGCAGCAGCAGCAGCAGCAGCGAAGCUCUACUCAAGUAUUUAGGAGUACUUACUGUCUCAACCCCCCGCAAUAGGGGCCCCCCUGCAAUCAAAGAAGAAGAGAAGGGGGCCCCCGGGGGCCCCCCUGCAAUCAAAGAAGAAGAGCAAGGGGCCCCCAGGGCCCCCACUGGUGCUGCUGCAGCAGGUCCUCCUCUUUCUUAUGCUGCUGCUGCUCCUGCUGCUGCUAGACAGCCUCAGCAGCAGGCAGUGGCUGCUGGGGCCAGGCGUAGCCCUCCCGAGCAUGCAUCUGCAGCAGCAGCAGCAGCAGCACCAGCAGCAGCAGCAGCAGCAGCAGCACCAGCAGCAAGCGGAGAAGCAGCAGCACGAGAGCGAAUGGUAUGGAGGGGCCCCGAAGCAGGUUGGGGUCCCCUCUCCCUGCUGGAGUUGCAGCAGCAGCAGCGAGGCCGUAGACUCCCCCCCACGAUAUUCCGCACCAGGGGGGCCCCCCUGGCGUACCUGCUGCUGCAGCAGCAGCUGCUGUGGCAGCAGCAGCGAGGCCGUAGACUCCCCCCCACGAUAUUCCGCACCAGGGGGGCCCCCCUGGCGUACCCUAGUGGCAGCUGGGGGUUUAAUAGGCAUGGGCCCCCCCCCCCUGAUGGUUGGGGUUUAGCAGAGCUGCGGUUGCUGCUGCCGCGUGCAGCAACAGCAGCAGGGGCCCCCCUUUAUACACAACAGCUGCUGCAAGCAGCAGCAAGAGAGGCCCCCUGGAUUCCCUUCUACACAGGAAGAGGGGGCCCCCAGGGGGCCCACCAACAGGGAGGUUCGGCCCCCCAGUGGGGCCCCCGGGGGGGCCCCCAACAGAGAGGUGGGGGCCCCCACAGGGGAACCGAAAAGUGGGGUUGGGCUCCCAGGGGCCCCCAACAGGGAGCUGGGGCCCCCCAGGAGGGCUACCAAUGGCGCCCCCAGGGAGGUGCGGCCCCCCAGGGGGGCCCCCUGGGGGGCCCCCAGGGGGGCCCCCAACAGGGAGGUGCGGCCCUCCAGUGGGGCCCCCACCGGGGCCCCCAACAGGGAGGAGGAGGGGCCCCCCAGGGGGCCCCCCACAGGCCCCCCCCAGAGGGUGGUGAGGCCCCCCAGGAAACCAUCCCCAGGGGCCCCCAACAGGGGGGUGGUGGGGCCCCCAGCGGCGCCCAACAGGGAGGUGGGGGCCCCCACAGGGGCCCCCAGCAGGGAGGUGGGGCCCCCGAGGGGGGCCCCCAUAGGAGAGGUGGGGCCCCCGAGGGGGGCCCCCAGGGGGCCCCCAAGAGGGAUGCGUUGUGGGCCGCCCAGGUGUUGUUUGGUGCUGCAACGAUGGGGAGAGCAGCAAUAGCUCAGAUGCGUGGAGCUCUUGUUGAUAUGGAGGCGGUUACAGCUGCUGCUGCUGCUGCUGCUGCUGCUGCUGAUGCUGCUGCUGCUGCUGCUGCUGAUGCUGCUUUUGAUGGAAUAGAUCCAGAUGACGAGAGAUCAGAAGCUGCUGCAGCAGCAGAAGCAGCAGCAGCUCGUUCAGAAGCUGCUGCAGCAGCAGCAGCAGAAGCAGCAGCAGCUCGUUCUGCUGCAGCAGCAGCAGCACAAGCUGCAGUUGAGUUGUUUGGUGCUGUUGUAAGUACACGAUCGAAGCAGCUUUUGUCUUUUAGUUUAUAUGAAGAAGAAAUAAAACAAAUAGAAGCAGCAGCAGCAAACAGCUCCUUUCUCUCUUCUGUUGGGGGCCCGGGGCCCCCAGCUACCGAUGCUAUCCCCCGGCUGCUGCUGCACCUGCAGCAGCUGCUUGCUGCAUGCAAGAGCAGCCAGCAGCAGCUGAAGCAACUGAGACAGCAGCAGCAGCAGCCGCAGCAGCAGCAACAGCUGGAGCAGCAGCAGCAGCAGCAGCAGCAAGAGCAAAGCAAUUUUCUUACGCCUCUUAGGGGCCGCCGAUCGCCCGGUGCUGAGCAGCAAGGCCUCGAAGCAGCACUAGCUGCAGCAGCAGCAGCAGCAGCAGCAGCAUCAGCACCUGCUGCAGCAGCAGCCGCAGCAGCAGCAGCAGCAGCACCUGCAGCUGCUGCUGCUCUCGACUCUGGCGGCGGUGAUGAACCUGUAUUAUCACCUACUGCUGCUGCAGUUGCUGCUGCUGCUGCUGCUGCUGCUGCUGCUGCUGCUGACGACGACGAAGAUAUUAAUAUGGAUGGUUUCUUUGCGUUUCCUGUAUGGGGAGAUGCAGCAGCAGCAGCAGCAGCAGCAGCAGAUAUGGGCUCUCCUCCUUCUUCUCCUCCUUGCAUCAGAUAG